UAAGGAGCUUCCCUCUUCCCUGAGUGAUCAAGGAGAAGCAGGAAGAUUCUAACUGAGUCAUCCCAACAAACGCAGUCACCUUCAUUUUCUUUCAUGCCUCAGAGAGAGAACAGGACUGCGCAACUGGUGACUCGACUCUUUAACUAUGCUAAUGGCACUACGCUGGAAUUUAAUUUUGAUGUUGAUGGUUUCAAGAACAUAAUAGUAGAUCAAAGUGAAAAAAAUGUUAUCCAGAUACGAACAAAUGCAAGCACAGAGGAGCGCGCUAUGCAAUGGCUACAAGUGUAUAUGAAGAAGUUCAAGACUUCAUUAAAUGUAGUAAGGAAAUAUAAUGUCACCAAAAAAUUGCACAUGAGGCACAUUUAUCAAUGCCAGCAUGGUCGCAAACGGAGUCAAGGAAUAAAGAAAAUUUAUUCUGGAUGCACCUUGAGCGUGGAUAUCAAGAUCAAGGCCAUUACCAAGUACAACAAAAUGCAUGACAAAUAUGUGCAGGACUAUCCAUGCAUUGUCAAUAUUAUAGGAGAACACAACCACAGCACUGGGUCAGCAAGUGCCUUAAAUCAACUUAAGUUACUCCAAGAAACAAAAAAGGAUUUUGCAAUUUACUUUGAUGCUGGCAUGACUGCAGCUCAGGCAAGGCGAAUUCAUCAAGAGAGAAAGAUGUUUGACUUGUCUGACAUGGCCAACAACAGUAUCAACCCCAAGCCUCGUGUUGUUAACUACCUCAGACAACUUUGGGUGGCUGAUAAUCAUGGUAGUCUGGAAAAACCUGAUAUGCUUUUUGCCAUAAAAAAGUAUGCAGAAAACCACCCUUCUUCCAAGAUAGCUUGGGAUGAAGAUGACAACAGAUUUGUUGUGGUUUUGGCAACAGAAUUUAUGUUGCGUAUCCACAAAGAAUUCAGAGAAGCUGGGGAAGUUGUCUUUGUGGAUACUACCAGUCAUGUGAACCAGAUCAAGACAGCUGUAACUCCACUGCUUUGUGCCAGCCCAGCUGGAGCCAUGCCACUUGGUGUGAUCUUAUCAUCAUCGCAAGAUGAAUUGUCUUAUACAAAAGGUUUUGGCCUACUCAAAGAUGUGCUUGGAGAUGUUGCCUUCUUUGGGAAGAACUAUCCAGAUUGCUUCAUGACAGACAACUGCAAGACAGAAAAGAAGGCUCUCUGCAAUGUUUGGCCACAUGCCAAACAAUAUAUAUGUAUUUUCCAUCUGCUGCAGCAGGUGUGGAAAUGGCUUUGUACCUCUGGCUGUGUAAAAAAGGAAGACCGCCCCAAUAUGAUGAGCGUAGCUCAGAGGUUGGUGUAUACCAAAACUGACUCUGAGUUCACAGAGGUGUGGAAAACAUACUUAUCUAGGGAAGAUUCUCUAAAAUACCGCUCUUACACCAAAUACCUUUCCAAAUUGGUUGAGCAGCAACAAUUUUGGAGCUCACACCACCGCACUGGAACUCUGCCCCAUGGCCACAACACCAGUAAUUUUGCUGAAUCAACUAUGUGCAUCAUAAAAGAUAUUGUUCACAACAGAUGCAAGGGAUUCAACACAUGUCAUCUCCUUAUUUACAUGAAUGAGGUAUUUGACUCUUAUAUGAAGAGGCGGCUGUUGGACUUGGCCUUGGGGAGGAAAGACAACUGUGCAAAGCUACACACAAUCAAUGAAACGUUCUCCAUUCAAAGAGAUGAUGAACAAUACCUAGUAUCCAGUUCAUCACACACUGGGGUUGUAUAUGUCGUGGAUAUGAAGAUUGGACUUUGUGAAUGUCCGCAGGGUCAGAUGGGCGACAUAUGCAAGCACCAAGUGGCUUGUGCAGAGAGUAAAUCCUUGGAACUCCUACAGGCCUUCACUGAUUCGCCUGAGCGUCGCCAGUGGCUAGCCUCUGUGGCACUGGGCAAAAAGACACCACCUCUUGAGUUCUUAGUGUGUGAGAAAAUGACUCCAGUGUCAUCAGAGAGGUGUCGUGCCGAAAUCGAUGACACAGUACCUGGGAGCAGCAAGGAAAACAAUGACACAGUACCUAGAGGCACCAAGGAAAUCAAUGACACUGUACCUGGAGGCAGUGAGGAAAUCAAUGACACAGUACCUGGAGGCAGCAAGGAAAUUGAUGACGCAGUACCUGGAGGCAACAAGGAAACUGAUAACACAGUACCUGGAGGCAGCAAGGAAAUUGAUGACGCAGUACCUGGAGGCAGUGAGGAAACUGAUGACACAGUACCUGGAGGCAGCGAGGAAAUCAAUGACAUAGUACCUGGAGGCAUCAAGGAAAUCAUUGUCACAGGACCUGGAGCCAACGAGGCAAAUAAUCAGCAAUCCAAGAGGGAAAAUGUUCCCAAAAUGGUGUUGCAGCCUCACCCAGCUCUUGCCAUGUACACCAACAGCCUGAUUGAAGAUAUACGGAAGUAUGUGGAUGAGUAUGGUGACAAAGACACACAGUCUGCUCUAGACUCCUUUCAAAAGAAGCUCAGAGCAGUACGCUCCUCCAAUGCCUUGAAUGCUUUAUUUGUUUAAGUGCAAGUACCCUUCUGCAAUGGCCUUCAGAGGAACUUCCAGGGGCAAAAUUCCAUGCCAGCUGACAUCAGUAUCUUGCCAACAAGCUAGUAUGUCAAGAAGUGCAGCUCCUUUGGCAAAAGGAUGCAAAAUUACUGAUUCAUCAAAAGAGAAAGCCCCCAAACAGCAAAGAAAUCUGGUGAUGAAUGUUCACCUUAAUUAGAAUAAUGUAAAAACCCACUGAAAAUAAGUGUAUGUGUGUGUGUGUGUGUGUGUGUGUGUGUGUGUGUGUGUGUGUGACAGAAAGACAGAGCCAUGUAGGGCAAAUGAUUUUUGUACUUUGAAUGUAAUACUAAAUUAAUUGUCUCAAAUAAAUUAGUGUAAUAUGUAGUAUAUGGUUUGCUUCUGUUGUAAAAUUAAUAAAUGGCCAACCCAGUAAAAGAACUUACUUAUGGUGAGUAACAGUGUUGUACUUAAUAUUAAUUUGUUCAUAUACUUUUAUAUUCUUGUC